AUGAGUAAAGUGGGAUUGGGAGAUAAAACACUAUUUUGGGUUGACACUUGGUUAGGCAACGAACCGUUGAAAAUACAAUUCCCGAACCUAUAUCUGUUAGCCGUAAAGAAAAAAGCAAGGGUGCUGGAAAAUUAUAGAACUUUGAAUGGGGGUAGAGUGUGGGAUUGGGUAUGGUCAAGAGCACCAACAAGUGAGGAAGAAAAACAAGAAAUGGAAAACCUUAAGGGGCGUCUACAAAGUCAGGUAUCUGCACAAGGCAGCGAUGUUUGGUUUUGGAAAAAUAGUGAGCAUCAAGAGUUCAGCGUAAAGAACGUUAAGGCCUCAUUAGGCCAGCGGUUAGACUUAAACUCAGCAGCAUACGUGUUUAGUUGGAACAAUUGGGUAACCAGUAAGUGUACAACAUUUAUGUGGCGUGCGAUUGAAGAGAAGAUUGAGUCAGCUGCGGCUCUUAGAAACAGAGGAUUAAACUUGCCAGAUAUUCUUUGCAAAACAUGCGGUGCCGCCGUGGAAUCUGCAGCUCAUAUUCUACUCAGUUGUAAUUUUGCAAAAAGAACCUGGGAGUUGGUGACGAAUUGGCUGAAAAUCCCGAUGGUGAAUGUGGAAGGUAGUAUGAGAGAUAUUCUGAUGGAGAUGAAUGAAAUUCAGCGGAGCAAAAGUGUGCGAAAAGCGAUUUAUGCAGUUGCAAUUCAAACAAUGUGGAUUUUAUGGAAAACCAGAAAUGAAAGGGUCUUUAAAGGUAGGCAAGGUAAGGUUCAGACAGUAUUAGAAGAAAUAAAGGAGGCAUCUUAUCAAGGGGUGAAGCUAAGGUCAAAACACAGCUCGAUAACAAGACCGGAAUGGUGGGCUUUUAAUAUAAUUUUGUAA